AUGGACGACACAGAGAGACGUACAUGUCUAUUUGGUUUUUGCUUGACCACUGGAAUUUUGCUGGGGCAUUUAGUGGGCGGAGCACUGACCAGCAUAGCUCCAUCUGUAUUCUUCAUACCACCCCUGAUGUUGAGCCUUUUGAUGGACAAUGAGCUAAUUCGUUCACCUUUGGCUGCCAUGGAAAGGAGCAAUUUUUUUGCAUUUGGGGGAGCUGUUUCUUCGUUCUUGUGUACUACAUUCGCAAUGCUUCCGGUUGGGUAUUUCUCUGUGGCCGUCUUUCUUUUGUCAUUAUUCCACGUCAUGUUCUUAACCAUACAUUUCCAGGUAGUAACGCAAUGCGCUAAGGAAAAAAUAAUGAUGGUUGGAGAGAGUCAAUUCAGUUACAUCAUGGGCGUUUUAUUCAUCCAGCUUACAAUGGCUGCUUUAUUUGGAUCCGAUCCAAAUGCCGUAAAGCAACAACCAGCGCGUUCGUCAUCGCACAAUUGA